AAAAAAUAUUCCAGAUCUUCUUAGUCCUGGGGCGGAAUCUGAUGUGGUCAUGGAAGAAGGGAGUGACGACAAUGACAGUGAAAGAAACAGUGGUUUUAUAGAUGACAUGGAAGAAUCUAUAGCUCACGAUUCUGAGAUGUCAAUGACAGGAUGCCAUAGUGACAAUGGGGAAAUGCAGGAUGCUGAUCUGGAUCACGACGAGUCUAACAGGAUGAUCAGCCCUUCAACCAGCAACAAUAUUCCAUUAAUGAGAGUGGUACAAUCUGUGAAGCACACGAAAAGGAGAAGUAGCACAGUAAUGAAGGAGGGCUGGAUGGUUCACUAUACAAGCAAGGACACACUGAGGAAACGACACUACUGGAGACUGGACAGCAAAUGCAUCACACUUUUUCAAAAUGAUACUGGAAGCAAAUAUUACAAAGAAAUCCCGUUGUCUGAAAUUUUGUCUCUGGAACCUGUAAAAACUUUCAGUUUGCUGCCUCAAGGAGCCAAUCCUCAUUGUUUCGAAAUAAGCACAGCAAAUAUAGUUUAUUACGUUGGAGAAAACAUAGAAAACGUCUCAAGUGUUCCGCUGAAUAACAGUGUUAUCAGCAGUGGUAUUGGCAUCGAUGUGGCACGAAUGUGGGAGAUAGCAAUACAGCAUGCCCUGAUGCCCGUCAUCCCUAAAGGGGCAUCAAUUGGGUCAGGAGCCAGCCUGCAUAGGGAUAUAUCCAUCAGUAUUUCUGUGUCAAACUGCCAAGUUCAAGAAAAUGUGGACAUUAGCACUGUGUACCAAAUCUUCCCGGACGAGGUGUUGGGAUCAGGACAAUUUGGAAUUGUUUAUGGAGGAAAACAUCGCAAAACGGGAAGAGAUGUUGCCAUUAAAAUAAUUGACAAACUAAGGUUUCCAACUAAACAGGAAAGUCAACUUCGUAACGAAGUUGCAAUUUUACAGAAUCUUCACCAUCCUGGAGUUGUAAAUCUGGAGUGUAUGUUUGAGACACCAGACAGAGUGUUUGUUGUUAUGGAAAAACUCCAUGGAGACAUGCUGGAGAUGAUCCUAUCAAGUGAAAAGGGCAGAUUGCCAGAGAGAAUAACAAAGUUUUUAAUUACUCAGAUUCUUGUUGCUUUAAGACAUCUUCAUUUCAAAAAUAUUGUUCACUGUGACCUCAAACCAGAAAAUGUGUUACUGGCAUCAGCUGAUCCUUUUCCACAGGUAAAACUAUGUGAUUUCGGCUUUGCCCGAAUCAUUGGAGAGAAAUCAUUUCGGCGCUCAGUUGUAGGAACACCAGCUUACCUUGCUCCAGAAGUGCUGAGAAAUAAAGGCUAUAACAGAUCUCUGGAUAUGUGGUCUGUGGGUGUCAUCAUUUAUGUAAGCCUCAGUGGUACCUUUCCAUUUAAUGAAGAUGAAGACAUACAUGACCAGAUUCAGAAUGCCGCUUUCAUGUAUCCACCUAAUCCAUGGAAAGAAAUUUCUCAUGAAGCUAUUGAUCUCAUAAAUAAUUUGUUGCAAGUGAAAAUGAGAAAGCGCUACAGUGUAGACAAAACGUUAAGCCACCCGUGGUUACAGGACUAUCAAACCUGGUUAGAUUUAAGGGAACUUGAAUGUAAAAUGGGGGAACGUUACAUCACCCAUGAAAGUGAUGAUUCCCGAUGGGAGCAAUAUUCAGGAGAACACGGAUUGCACUAUCCAGCACACCUUAUCAGUCCACGUGCUAACCAUAAUGAAAACACCAAGCUAGAAGAAACAGAAAUGAAAGCCCUCAGUGAGCGUGUCAGCAUCCUUUAAGUUGCAUCCCCCCUAAUCUGUCAAAACACUGUGGAAUUAAUAAAUACAUACGGUCAGGUUUAACGUUUGCCUUGCAGAACUGCCAUUAUUUUCUGUCAGAUGGGAACAAAGCUGUUAUGCUGUUACACUGUUGAUGUAUCUGAGUUGCCAAGACAAAUCAACAGAAACAUUUUUGUGUGACCAACUGUGUUGUAUUUACAAAAGUUCCCAGAAACACUAAACUUGUUAUUGUGAAUGAUUCAUGUUGUAUUUAAUGUAUUAAAACCUGUUUCCACGGUGCCUUUGCAAGCUAGUGUUUUUCUUACUCGAGCCUCAUUUUGGUAAGAGAGAACUUUCCCAUGAAAAUCUGGAGGUUUUUUUGUGCAUCGUUAGUAUUGUAAGCAAACUCUUGAAGAGUAGAUUAUAACUGCUGUUCUGUGAACAACUUCUA